AUGGCUCUCCGACUACAGACUUUUAGGCUGCUCCCCCAAGUCACCCAACUUGCACGUCCCGCGACGAUAUGCCCAGAAUGCCGUCGCGCAUUCUCAACAACGACCGUUGCACAAUCUGGGCACAAUAAAUGGUCUAAGAUCAAACAUACAAAAGGCAGGGCGGACCAAAAGAAGACCUCAGAGCGCACACUAUUCGUACAAGCCAUAACAUUGUACUCCAAAUUGUACGGCCCCGACCCGAACCUAAAUGCUUCUCUGGCCAAUGCAAUAGCAAUAGCCAAGAAGGCCAGCACACCAAAGAAUGUCAUCGACCAGGCGAUCGCACGAGGCCAGGGCCGCUCACUGUCCGGCGCAACACUCGAGACGAUGAAGUUCGAGGUGAUGAUCGGCCCCAACGCCUUCAUCCUAGACGUGGAGACCGACAACAAGCUCCGCGCGCUGCAAGACGUCGGCGGCGUGAUACGCAAGCACAAGGGCCGGACCGGCGCGACCGAGUUCUUCUUCAGCAGGCUGGGGCGGGUCGUCUUCGAGAAGCACGAGAAGGUCGGGCUGGACGAGAUCAUGGACGAGGCUAUCGAGCUCGGCGCGGAGGACCUGGAGGCGGACGACGAGGGCAACAUGAUCGUGUGGUCGCAGCCGAGCUCGACGAUGCAGAUAGCCCAGGGCGUCGCGAAGACAUUCGAUCUGAAGAUCCUGAGCUCCGAGAUCAUCUGGUCGCCCAACGAGGACACGCGGCCGACGGUCGACUCGGCCGAGGACGUGAAGACCCUAUCGGACUUCGUGGACGCCUUGUCUGAGCUGCCAGAGGUCCAGGCCAUCUAUUCCAAUGCCGCGAAGGGGCCGAGCGUGUCCGAGGACGAGUGGGCGGCCUUCGAGGACAACCUGGAUUCGUAG